AUGACAGCCAAAGACAAGCACAACACCUUCGAGGCCUCCACCGGCAUCAUGUCCAACCCAAGCACCGACAUCCCCGCCCCCUUCCUCUCCAACGACCUCCGCAUCACCUACCGCACCCUCUCGGUACAAAUCGAUCACCCUAACCCCACAACCUCAUCAGAAACCGCCGUCAAACUCCGCGACAUUGAUGUUCACACCUGGCCCGUUGCCGACGUCUUCUCCCGUUUCGCCACGCACCCUACAGGCGGUCUCGCGGCCGAGAUUGUUGAACGUCGCAGUUUGACGGGCAAGAACAAGAUCUCCCCCCCGCCGACGCGGUAUGCGCGGCAAGCUGCUGGAUAUGUGUUUGGUGGAUUCAAUUUCUUAAUGUGGAUUGCGUUCGUGGUGAUUUUGUUGUCGUGGCGGCCGUUGGGGAAUGAGAGUGCUGCUGGGCCGCAGGUCUUCAACCUGGGCGUUGCUGUGUUGCUGUUUGCAGUGAUCGUCGUCUCUUCCAUCUUCUACGCCUGGGUCGACUACAACGCCUCCCGCAUCAUGCGCUCCAUUCGUUCCCUCAUCGCGCAAGAAGCGUACGUGAUCCGGUCCUCCCUCACGCAGCUCGUCUCCUCCGAAUCUAUUGUCGUCGGCGACCUCGUUACGCUGAGCGCCGGUCAACGUGUGCCAGCCGAUAUACGCAUCGUGGAAGCGUCGUCGGAUUUGAGCUUUGAUCGGAUGCUGUUGACGGGCGAGGGGGAGAGCGUGGAGGGGUGUGUAGACAUGACGGAUGCGAAUGUGCUUGAGACGAGGAAUUUGGCGUUCGCGAGCACUUUUGUGGUGCAGGGGAGUGCUAAGGGGGUGGUUUUCGCGAUUGGCGACAAGACAGUAAUGGGCCGCAUCGUGCACCUCUCCGGGCAGCACAAACCCGGCAUGACGACCAUGCAGCGUGAGAUCUGGUACUUCACGCGUAUCAUUUCUACACUGGCAUUUUCCCUGUUUGCCUUGUCGAUGAUCUUUUGGGCCGCGUAUACGCGCCAGGUCCAUCCCGGGUUUGCCGGGCCUGCAGAUGCGAUUAUCAACUCGAUUGGCUGUUUGACUGCUUUUGUGCCGCAAGGUCUGCCAGUCUGUGUCGCCCUGUCGCUGACUAUCAUCGCCAAACGCAUGGCCGCACACCACGUCCUCGUCAAAAACCUAUCUACAAUCGAGACCCUCGGGUGCAUGUCCAUCCUCUGCUCCGACAAAACCGGAACGCUAACACAGGGCCGAAUGACCGUCGAAGCUUGUGCCGUUGCCGAUGUCGUUGUAGAUGCUGAUGAUGCACAGAAGUCGAAACACGCUGCUAUGUCUUCGCUGUAUGCUGUUGCUACCUUAGGAAACGGCGCCACGUUUGACCAGACCACCAUGGAGUUGCCCAUUGAUGAGCGCACGGUCAAGGGCGACGCCACCGACGCAGCCAUUCUCCGCUUUGCCACUGCCCAUCCAGAUGCCGGCAGUCUCGUCGCCUCACACCAAGAGCUCUUCGAAAUCCCGUUCAACUCCAAGAACAAGUGGAUGAUGACCGUCCAGCGCCACCUGGACGACCCGACCACGAACCCGACGACGAUGUACGUCAAAGGUGCCCCCGAUGUGCUGUACCCGCUGUGCAGCACCAUGCUCACCCCCGACGGUAAAGUCGUCCCUUUCGAAGGGGCCAACUAUGAUGCGGUGCUCGCCACGCAAGCCAAAUGGAGCGCGCUCGGACAGCGUGUGCUUGCCCUCUGCCUGCGUCCCGUCACCAGCCCGGAGAAAAUUGACUACACCGUUACCGCCAACGCGCAGAACAAACUCAAAGCGCAAAUGAUGAACGGUCUCACACUCGUAGGCCUGGUAGCAAUCCGCGACCCGCCCCGCCCGGACGUCCCCGCCGCUAUCACAGCCAUGCGCCGCGCCCACGUCCGCGUCUUGAUGGUCACUGGCGAUUUCCAGGUCACCGCCACAGCUAUCGGGAAGCAGAUAGGGCUCAUCACCAACGAGCAUAUCGACACACUCGCCGAGCUCCGUGCUAACGCUGAAGCGCGUGAACGAUUUGCGCAGGCCGAGAUGAGCGAGAUCAAGCCUGCAGAUAGCGACCCCGUGCGCUCGUUGGUGCUGACGGGGCAGGAAGUCGAGGGGUUGAAUUCGGAGGAGUGGAAUAUGGCGUUUGGGUUUUACACCGAAAUUGUCUUUGCACGCACCACGCCGGAUCAGAAGCUGCAGAUUGUCGAGGAGGCCAAGAAACGCGGCGAUAAUGUCGUCGGCGUCACUGGCGACGGCGUCAACGAUGCCGCGGCGCUCAAAGCGGCCGACGUCGGCGUCGCGAUGGGAUCGGGAUCGGACGUGGCGAAGGAGGCCGCGGCGAUGGUGCUCCUCAACAACGAAUUCUCGUCGAUCCUCGUCGGCAUCGAGAACGGCCGCUUGGUUUUUGACAACAUCAAGAAGGUGAUUCUGUACCUCAUGCCCGCAGGUACCUACACGGAGUUCAUCGCGGUGCUUUCCAACGUCUUCUUCGGGAUGCAGUUACCGCUCUCGUCGUUCCUGCAGCUACUCUUCUGCAUCGGCAACGACGUCGCCAUGUCCGCAUCGCUCAUGUUUGAGAAACCCGAAGCGGAUCUGAUGAACCGCAAGCCUCGUAACGCACGCACCGAUCGGCUCGCUAAUCGGAACUUCUUUGUUCAGAUUUAUCUGUUCAUCGGGCCUAUGAUGUGGCUGUCAGCAAUGGGUAUGUGGUUCCUGUGGAUGUCGACGCGCGAUAUCUACUUCAAUGACUUGGUGCUCGCCUUCGAACGCUGGGGGAAACUCAACGACGACGGCGGGUUCCACGCCGCAUUGGUCUACGAUGUGAAUGUCGGCAACUGCAUCUACUACGUGACCAUGCUAUUCCUGCAAUUCGGCGGGCUGAUGGCCGCGCGCAACCGGCGGAUGUCCACCUUCCACGCCAACCCCUUCUCGGGCCCGCGGCGUAACGGGGCGAUUGGCGUCAGCAUGCUCGUGUCGCUGUCCAUCGCGCUGGUGGUGCUGUACGUUCCCGCCUUCAAUAACGUGUUUGCGACGACCCCAAUUCCAGUUAUGUACUGGUUCAUACCAAUGGCGCUGGGAGUGGGCGUGCUGAGCAUGGAUGAGGCGAGAAAGGCAGUGGUGAGGGCGUACCCGCGCAGUGUUGUUGCCAGAUUGGCUUGGUAG